GUACCUUGUCUCUAUUCCCUGUUCUGCAGCUCUUUGGCUCACGAAGGAUCCCAUCAUGGCUGCGGUUCCGCGAAUGAGAGGGGGCAAGACUCGAAUUAAACCCGCGCGCAAGCAUGGGCCGGACGUCUCCGUGGACGAGACUUGGGCGAAGCUGUCCCAGAACAUCAUCGAGAUUCAGAAUCACAAUGCUGCGAACCUCUCGUUCGAAGAGAACCAUCGCUAUGCGUACAACAUGGUCCUGUACAAGAACGGCGACAAGCUGUACAAGGGCUCGACGCAGCUCGUGGCGGAGAAUCUCGACAAGCUUGCAAAGGAGUACAUCAUCCCCGCCUUUCCGACAGGCGUCAUAGAGGACGCGGUGCAGAAGGCCCAAGAGAGCGAGAGGUUGCUGAAGGCGCUGAAGAAGGUCUGGGAUGACCAUGUGUCGAGUCUGUCAAAGCUACGGGACGUGCUGAGGUACAUGGAUCGCGUUUAUACUAAGAACGCUGACGUCCCUCCAAUAUGGGAUGCCGGUCUUAUACUGUUCAUCAAGCAUAUCGUCAAGAACCCGAUCGAGGACUAUGUCAUCUCCGCCAUCCUCACCCUCAUUCAGACCGAGCGUGACGGCUUCACGAUCAACCGCUCAUCUGUCAAAGGGUGCGUCGACGUCUUUCUCCAGUUGGAAGACACUUCAAGGCGAGAGCCGCUGUCGAUAUACCGCCGCGACAUCGAGCCGGCUGUGCUGAGGGAGAGUGAAGUGUUUUACAAGAAAGAGGGAGAGCGUCUGCUAGAGACGUGCGAUGCGCCGGAGUACUUGCGACGAGUGGAGGCGCGCUUCCAUGAAGAAGAGUCCCGGACACAUCACAUUCUUUCUACGCUAACAACUCUCCCACUGCAAAGGAUACUUGAGCAGCAUCUGGUUACGCCGCAUUUAUCGACUGUCAUCAACAUGCCAAACUCGGGUCUGGACGCCAUGAUUGAUUCGGAGAAAGUAGACGACCUUGCGCGCCUGUACCGUCUCUUCACCAAAGUCUCUGCUGGUAUCCCUUGUUUGCGGAAGUCGCUACGAGAAACAGUCAUCCGCAGAGGAAAGGAGAUUAACGAGUCGAGCAGUGCCGCAGGUGGGGAAGGCGCAGACUCGGGGGAGGAGAACGGCGGCGCGGCGUCAGCAAGAGGCAAAGGCAAGGCCAAGGCGCGUCCACCAAACGCGGCUUCGCAAACACUUUCGCUAGCCCUCAAGUGGGUGCAGGACGUGCUCGACCUCAAGGACAGGUUUGACAGAAUUUGGUUAAAGGCGUUCCAGAGCGACCGCGACCUCGAGAGCAGCAUGAACGAGGCAUUCGAGACGUUCAUCAACCUCAAUGAGAAAGCGCCAGAGUUCAUAUCUCUGUUCAUCGACGAGAACCUGAAGAAGGGUCUCAAGGGGAAAUCCGAAACCGAAGUCGACGCUGUGUUGGACAAGACGAUCACUGUCUUCCGCUACAUCACGGACAAAGACGUGUUUGAACGGUAUUACAAGGGCCACCUUGCCAAGCGUCUACUGCUUGGCCGAUCCGUCUCGGACGAUGCGGAACGUGGCAUGCUCGGGAAGCUCAAGAUCGAAUGCGGAUACCAGUUCACGCAGAAGUUGGAGGGCAUGUUCCACGACAUGAAGCUCUCAAGUGACACCAUGGCGGCGUAUCGAGAUCAUCUUGCGAAGAAUGCAGUGCAUGAGGACAUCGAGAUGUCUGUCAUCGUUAUGACCUCGACCUUCUGGCCUAUGUCCCAUACCGCUGUGCCAUGUACCUUCCCGGAGGAGCUCAUCAAGGCCGCCAAAUCUUUCGAGCGCUUCUACCUAUCCCGCCACAGUGGCCGUCGUCUUACAUGGCAGCCCUCUCUUGGUAAUGCGGACGUACGCGUACAGUUCAGGUCGAGACAACACGACUUGAACGUGUCUACGUUUGCUCUGGUUAUUCUACUGCUCUUCGAGAACAUUAUCGAUGACCAGUUCCUCACCUACGAGGAAAUCAAGUCUGCGACGUCAAUCCAGGAUGUCGAGCUGAGGCGACAACUGCAGUCGCUCGCGUGCGCGAAAUACAAGAUCCUGAAAAAGCACCCACCAGGACGUGACAUCAUCCCGACGGACUCGUUCUCUUUUAACGUCGACUUCUCAGCGCCGCUGCAGAAGAUCAAGAUCAGCACCAUUGCGUCGCGUGUAGAGAACACGGAGGAGCGCAAGGAGACGAAGGAUCGUAUCGACGAGGAGCGGCGCCAUCAAACCGAGGCGUGCAUCGUCCGUAUUAUGAAGGACAGGAAACAUAUGACACACAACGACCUCAUCAACGAGGUGACGCGCCAGCUAGCGAGCCGGUUCCAGCCAAAUCCCGUUAAUAUCAAGAAGCGUAUAGAAGGUCUAAUUGAGCGCGAAUAUUUGGAGAGGUGCGAGGACCGCAAAUCGUACAAUUACCUAGCAUGAACCAGCGCAUGUAUCAAUACCUGUAUCAUCUGUGUAUCAUUGUUGUCUUGCUCUGACAAUCCAUCCUCUGUUG